AUGAUCAUUCCGGUCAGGUGUUUCACCUGCGGAAAGGUUAUCGGACAUUUAUGGGAGAAGUGGCUCGAAAUGCUCAAGGAAAAUGUUCCAGAAGGGCAAGCAUUGGACGACCUUGGAUUGACUCGUUACUGCUGCCGGCGCAUGAUUCUUACCCAUGUGGACCUCAUCGAGAAGCUGCUAGUCUACAACAUUUACGACAAACGUAAUCCAGAAAUUUUAUAA